AUGCUUAGAUCCCUUGUGAAAACGCCAUUUAGGGGCGCAAGCCAGUCAGUAAUUAGAUUUGCUUCACUGUACAUACCCCCUAGAUCACCAAUACUAUCAUCACUACCACCACUUUCAUUUUCAGCAUCAAAACCAACAUCCAUCUUACAAACGCCAAACUUGGUUCCAACAGCUAAUGAAGUUACAUUGAAGUUGCCUAAUAUAAACUCCUCAUCUAUAUCAAAGCUCCCCGACAAGGAUUUACGCAUUGCCAUUGAAGUGGAAAUAGUGGGCGAUGAAAUCAAAUUCGAGAUUGUUGAUGCAGGGGGGAACAACAACGAGAUGCUUGCUGAUUCGGUAUUACGUAAAAGAAGAUUGAAGAUGAAGAAGCACAAGUACAAGAAGAGAAGAAAGGCUCAACGUGCGUUGAGAAAGAGAUUGGGUAAGUAG